GACUAAUCGAAUAAGCAAAGUCAUCAUGUGAUUGGCAAUGGGAAACGUAUUCGAUACUGACGAAAAGCAAAAUGACGAAUAAGAACAAAAAAGGCAAUGGAGGCAGUGGAGUCAAUGGCAAUGGCGGCAGCUCAAAGUUGGCCAAACAGCGCUCUCAAGACUCCCAGGACUACAGUUCUUUCAAAACGGUUUUAUUUUAUUGUCUACUAAUUGUAUUCCUCCCCGUGAUAACCUUUUUUCUGAUGAAAGGUUUCGUUUUGGAUCGUUUCUUUAGCAUGUCAGAAAUGAAAGUAAACAUUGCAUCUGCAGUGGGUGCUGUGGUCUCCCUCCAUUUGGCCCUGGGGCUUUACAUAUAUCGAGCGUAUUUUGGAGCACCUGGCUCAGGAUCGAAGAAGUUGGACUAGCUUUCUAAUUUAUCUAAAAGUACUGUUAACCAUUUCCACUUAAAUAAUUACUGCUGUACAUAGAACUGGACUGAGCAUGUGAGACGGGGAGACAUAGUGCCAGAUGGAAAGAGAGAGAAAGAUUUGUUGUACGAGGGGACGGUGUAGCUCCCUCUAACUGUAAAUGUAAUCGUUUUCCUCCCAUUACAUAAUUCUCGAUAACAGACAAGAAAAUUCACACUUUUCUCUUUUCAUAUUAUUGUUGUAUGUAUAAUUUGUAUUAAAAAGAAAAAAACACGUAAAAUAGAA